AGCCAGACGGAGCUGAGAGGCGCACACGAAGGCAAGCAAAGUUGUUGAGAAGAUCUGAUGUAAGUGACAGUGCUAUAACCCAGCAAGACAAUGAAGGCUACACGAGGACAGAGAAACGCAACUUUAGUGUUUUCAAUCCUGAAGAUACUUGUAGGAGUUGUGGUGUUCGCGCUGAGCAAGGUGCUGUUCGAUAUCUACUACCAGCUGGCUCGCGAAAACCUGAACCAGCCGAUUGAAGAGCCGAAAUUAAACCACUGGUGGAUUUACGCUCUCCCAUACGUCAUCCCUGGGUGCAUCGGUGUCAUUGCUGGCGCUCAGCGCAAUGCGGUUGCUUACGGGUUUUACAUGGCCUCUUGCAUCAUCGCCUGUAUCGUCUCGGGCAUUUUCUUCCUGGUUGGUGUGGUGUUUCUAAUAGCAAUGGCGGAUGUAGGAGGGAUGGACUGCUACACGAGCAACGGCAUGUGUGUCUGCAGCACCGGUAUGAGUGACACCACGUCUCCGAUAGGGAUCCGGGAUUGUAGUGACCUCAGCAAACUGGUGCACCUUGGAUACGGUGUGAGCACGAUGUUGGUGUUAGGCUGGAUCCUCUGUCUGUGUGGCUCUAUCAUCAGUUGUGCGUCCUGCUGCUGUGGAGAGCGGACACCUCAAGUUGUCAUGAUGACACAAUACCCAGCAAGCCAGGUUACCGUGACUACGACUGGACAUCAAUACGCUGAAGGACCCCAGUACAUAGCAGGGCCCCAAUUCCCUCAGAAUGCAGAGUAUUUUCCACCUCCGGCGAUGAAUGAAGCCGAGGAAAAAAAUCAGUACAAGUACAAUCGGAUGUACUAGUGUACUGAGAUGUGUCCUGAGAUUUGUAAACUUCAAAGAAACAACAGGAUCUGAAUUGGUCUGUUCAUUGAGUACACAGAAAAAAACAUACUUGUACACUAUAAGAAAUGUUUAAUUGUUUUCUAGCUGCACUGUAACUCGAAGUAUAUGUGUUUGUCAAAGUAUAGUUUUAUGUUUUGCUUCUCUGCUUAUGCAUUUCAAAAUGUAAUUGCCAAGUUGAAUUUUCAUCAGACAAGAAGUGUGUCAUUCAUGGCACUUAAUUCUUAGCUUCUAGUUCCAAAAAUAUCUAUCGGGUUUAGGGAAAAAUUGUUUUUAUAUUUGUUGGUGACCCUGUUUUUGCCCAGUGCAAGCCGGUUUUUACGAAUUCGUAUCUUUUACUCACGUAAUAAAUAUUGUGUAUUUGUUUUUUCAAGACUUCAAAUGCUCAUACAUGUAUAACCCGGUGUGGAUUAUAGUGGCCACAAGCACAUACUUUUAGCCAUAUUCAUUUGAAGUACAAUUUUCCUAAAACAUUUUAAAGGUUUUCCUAACGUCAUAACCAUUUGUGAUGUCUCUUCAUCACAAACCUAGUUUUUUAAUUAUUAAGUUUUCAACUUCAAAUUAAUUCAAAGGAUUGCUAUAAUGUAACUAUCUACAUUAAUUUCGACAUCUUAUUAUGUACCCGGACAGGUAUGUUUUGUGCAGGCCUUACCAAAACUUGAUAUGUCUCUUCCUUAUCUCUUACUAUAUUUCAUUUUUAUACUUCACAUUAAUUCUAUGCAUAUUUUCUAACUACUUAUAUUCAACUUAUUAGACAAUAAUAACUUGUUUUGGAAAAAAAUUCGGGUUAUUAAUAAAAUGAACCAUGCAGGACUUUCA